UGUACCUGGAUCUCUAACUAAAAUCAUGAUAUUGUGGAUUUCCUGCUUGCUUAUUGGCUACAUAACCUGUCAUCCUAUACAACAAGAAACUGCUGCUCCACGCUUCAUGCAUUGGCCACCCCCUUCUAGCUAUCGGUAUUGGGAAAGAAGGGCCAGUUCGGACCCGGGCAGCAGCUCCUAUCUACCAGUUGUACCCGUACUGAGAUCUAACAAAGCUCCUGAACUUCCCGCUCUUCAAGAGGCCAGUUCCAGUGCUGGCCCUGGCAAUUACAGGGCUCCUGCAUAUGCAGGGAAUGGUUAUAACAGCAAUAUUCAAGUUGUCGACUAUGGUAGCUCAGCUAGGCCUGGUUUGAGCUCUGAACCUGCUGGUGAAGAGGAACCUAAGCCAGUCUUCAGCGAGGUGGCUGGUCCCGCUCUUCUAGAGGCCAGUUCCAGUGCUGGCCCUGGCAAUUACAGGGCUCCUGCAUAUGCAGGGAAUGGUUAUAACAGCAAUAUUCAAGUUGUCGACUAUGGUAGCUCAGCUAGGCCUGGUUUGAGCUCUGAACCUGCUGGUGAAGAGGAACCUAAGCCAGUCUUCAGCGAGGUGGCUGGUCCCGCUCUUCUAGAGGCCAGUUCCAGUGCUGGCCCUGGCAAUUACAGGGCUCCUGCAUAUGCAGGGAAUGGUUAUAACAGCAAUAUUCAAGUUGUCGACUAUGGUAGCUCAGCUAGGCCUGGUUUGAGCUCUGAACCUGCUGGUGAAGAAGAACCUGAGCCAGUCUUCAGCGAGGUGGCUGGUCUGGAGCCAGUCUCCUCCUUUAGCUCGCGUUCGAGAUACCAACGCAAAAGGUCACAAGUUGCUCAAACCCGCUACAUCCCAGGAGAGCCUGUUCCCUGGCACGCUCCAAGCAAAUAUGUCUUCUAA